CAGAUCUGUACAUCUCGCCGUGACAGUUGAAGUUCUCGAGCAAAGUAGAGCUGAAACUCAUUAGAAAAACAGAGAUGGCAAAUAAAUCAAUGUCAAAAUAUGCAAAAUACCCGUUCACAACUUCACACCGAUAAUCAUUGUUCUGGAAUGUUAUUCAAAAUAAAGUGACAGAAAAACCAAAAAACAAAAAUUCGUUUUUUUUGUCUUAACAUAGUUAUAUUAAAAUUAAUGAAAAAGUAUCGUCAUGGCAUCUACAUCCAAUGAUAACGUGCCUCAACAUAUGAAUGCUCCAGAAAAUGCUUCUGAUGAACUUGAACCGGGUGCAUGUCAUGAUAGCAUACUAAACCCCACUGAUUCCUUUGAAGAGUUUGCAUCGGAGAUGAGUUCCAGCCUAAGAGAGACCUGCUUGACUACUAAGAGCAGUACUAUAAGUGAAAUACAAAGUGAAAUCUUGGAAACUGCUGAAGACCCUAAACUGAAAGCAGCGAAAUCAAGUGAUGAUUUACAAACAAAAGAUGGAUCAAUGUCAGCUUCAGCCAGCAAUUCGAACUUAAUUGAGGAGAAUGGAGAUGAUACAGAUGAUGAUAAAGACUAUCUACAGUCACCAGAACUUGUUAAUAAAGAGAAACAUGUGUUCAUACUUAGCACUGCAGGAAAACCUAUUUAUUCAAGAUAUGGCAACGAAGACAAGUUAGCUGGCCUGUGUGGUGUUAUCCAAGCUCUUGUCAGCGUAAUAGAAGAACAGAACCAGGAUAUAUUGAGGUUCAUCAACACGAAAGAUUGUAAAGCAGUAUUCCUUGUUAAGGGACCCCUAAUACUGGUUGCUGUUUCGAAAUCCAAUGAAAGUGAAACCCAAUUAGUUUUGCAGUUGACAUAUGCAUUCAAUCAAAUUGUUUCGCUGUUAACACUAACCCAACUGAAUAGAAUAUUUGAGCAGCGAAGGAACUAUGAUCUGAGAAGGCUACUGGCCGGAGCUGAAAGAUUGAUUGAUCAUUUGCUUGUGUUUAUGGAGAAAGAUCCUGCCUUUUUACUAGGUGCAGUCCGAUGCCUUCCUUUACCAGAAAAAGCCAGAGAGAAUAUCACGAAUGCAAUAACAACCACGUGCCACAAGAUUCGUGAUCUCGUCUUCGCUAUAAUGAUAGCUGGGAAUCAACUGAUAACAUUAGUGAGAAUGAAAAAAUACACCCUGCACCCUUCGGAUAUACAUUUGCUUUUCAAUUUAAUAAGGAGUUCGGAGUCAUUCAAAACGGCCGAGAGCUGGACGCCAAUAUGCCUUCCCAAGUUUGAUGCAACGGGCUUCCUGCACGGCCACGUGUCUUACAUAUCAGAGGACUGCCAGGCCUGUCUACUUCUACUGACCGUACAAAGGGAUGCAUUUACAACUUUAUCCCAAGCCAAACACACAAUAGCCGAGAAAAUGAGACGGGCAAACUGUUUAGUUGCCAUUAACAAUGCUUUAAACCGUAACGAAGAGUUGUCCACAACGAAACCCCUCAAGCACAUCGGCAUACCGGAAAUAAGGCAUUUUAUGUAUAAAUGUAAAUCAACAGCGCAGCUGUUCUCGUCGGAUCCGAUUAGUUUAGAUCGAUUACAAGAUUAUCGAUUAAGGCACAAAGAAGGGGGCGAUAUAGUCGAUAAGAAAAUAACAAAGUUGUCGGAUAUCGAUUAUGUUAGAAACUAUCGGAAGUUUUGUAAUCAGAUACAUUGUGUCGCGACGCCUGCUAAGCUUAUAUUCAGAUCGAGUUCACAAGACACAAUAUUGUCUUGGGUGACAAACGGUUUCGAAUUGUACGUGACGUUCGAUCCGCUUAUGGAGAAGGAUCACGCGAUCAAGGCCGUCGACCGACUCCUCAGGUGGAUAAAGAAAGAAGAGGAGAGGAUAUUCAUAAUGAACGCUCCGACCUUCUAGCCGAAGUCUUUCUUCAGCGGCAUCCUGAGGUCCGGCAGCAGAAACUCCAGCACCGAGGACUCUUUGGCCACUGAGGACGUGUUAUAAAUAAAUUAUUGCAUACCCGCAAGACACAUAGGUAUUUAAAAAAAAAUGAUUCAAUCUCACGUUUCUUAGGACUCUGCGUAUUGUGAGGUUUAUUGGGGAGAUGAAGGAGGAGGUGUGUGCGUUGGUUGAUUGUUGCGUGUUGUCCUCAGUAAACCUCAUCGGAGCGGUCAAUAAAAUUACUACGUAUAAUUUCAUGUUUAUUCGCGUCAGCGACCGCGGUGGAACCACUGACUGACUAACGUAUGUUGCUCAUUACGAUAACUGCAUAGUAAGCAGCUAAGCGGGCCGGGGUAUCAUUCCCCUACAGUAUCAUUAACAGAUAUACAGCUCGAUAGAUUUCGUAGUUUGAAAAUAUCUUCGGUUACGUUGUCUCUGUCAGUCGCUUGUGUUGAAAAGAGACAUCGUUGAUAUCGUUAUCCCUUUUCAGAGACGUAUUUGUGUGGGACAGAGACAUCGCGAUAUCGUUGCCUCUUUUUAGUGGUGUAUGCAACUUAACGUGUCGAGCAGUUUAUUCAGAUGACUUUUUAAUCGACUAUAUUAUGUCAAAUGUGGUCACUCAUUUAAUACCGCGAGAUUGGAUCCGAAGUUACUGAUGUUACUUAAAGUUAUACAAUACGAACAAAUCUAGACACAUUAUAUACUAUAUUUACGGCCUGGCCACGGGGAUCGGCGGUGCGAACAGCGAAGCGGUGGGCGAGGCGACCAUUCGCGCAGCACCGUUUGCAGGCCACGGGUACUCACGUUCGCCGCCGCGACUAGUAAGGAAGUCCGACAGCGAAAUGUCUAUAUCGAAAUUAUCUCGAUAUUGCUUACAAAUUAAUAGUUUUUUGGUUCAGGACCUAUUAUUUGGAAAAGAUUGUGAAGUACAUGAUUUGAAUAAGAAUCGGAGUAUACCUAUAGAUGGAGAAUUCCACAAGAAGUACAAGAAAUACUUUGGGUGGCUAGACUUCCAAAUAGCUGGUCUAGCUAGUAUUUCAGCUAUUUUAUUUUUUUAUUGCUUAGAUGGGUGGACGAGCUCACAGCCCACCUUGUGUUAAGUGGUUACUGGAGCCCAUAGACAUCCACAACGUAAAUGCGCCACCCACCUUGAGAUAUAAGUUCUAAGGUCUCAAGUAUAGUUAUAAUGGCUGCCUCACCCUUCAAACCGAAACGCAUUACUACUUCACGGCAGAAAUAGGCAGGGUGGUAGUACCCACCCGUGUAGACUCACAAGAGGUCCUACCACCAGUAAUUACGCAAAUUAUUAUUUUGAAGAUUUCAUUUUUAUCACACGAUGUUAUUCCUUCACCGUGGAAAUCAAUCGUGAACGUUGAGUGUUGUUGAGUACGUAUUUCAUUACAAAAAUUGGUACCCGCCUGAUAUUCGAACACCGGUGCAUCGCUCAACACGAUUGCACCGGACGUCCGUUAGGCCACGACGACUUUAAAAAUAUAAAAUAAAAAAUAAAUAAAAAAUAUAAAAAUUUCAGCGUUAAUUUUUCGCGGCGAAAACAACUAAACUCAUUUAAUCACUGCACUAUUCGCCGCGACUACCGCUCGACUCCGUGGCUCGCGCCGUCCGUAUUCAUGCAUUUGUUUUGCUCGCCCGCCGCAUCGCGCGAUUCGCUCGGUACAUUUCGCCGGUCGCUUCGCCGGUCGCCGGUGCGCGUGGCUUGUUAGGUACAUUUCUAUGCGCUUGUUUUAGUCGCUAGACGCUUCGCCGUUCGCACCGCGCGAAUAUUCGCAUCGGCGAAUGUCCCGUGGCCAGGCUGUUAUAUGUUGAUAACAAUGAAUUAAUGAAUUCGAUGGUGUCUACGUAUAAGAUUGAAAAUUAAAUAUAUAUAUAAUAUGUUUGACGAUUUUAAAUGCUACUUAUUAAAAUCCAUAGGACACAUAGAGCAGGUAACAUUAAUUAUAUCAUUAUUUUUAGUUAUGUAACCCUUACGUAUUAUUACUUGUAUCCGUUUUUAUACACAUCCACAAUAGGGGUGUGGAUACGGCUGUCAACGGUCCUACAAAUAACAAGUCUGUGUGGAUUGAAAUAUUAUUUUAUAUCAUCAGUGUGCUUAGUGCGAGUGUGUUAACGUUCUCGAUAGCGUAAAAGUUAACUCAAAUUUGUAUGCAACUGGAACAGCGCCCCUAGCGGCAAACGUAGGCAAACGUUCGAACUCCAUACAAAUUUGAGUUAACUUUUAUGCUAUUUAUGCUAUAAGGAACGUUAAAAACCUAAGCACACAGAUUAAUUUUGUUUGGCUAGAAAAAAAAAAUAUAUUUAUUUCUCUCAUUGUAAAAUUUAUCUGAUAGCCUUCAAGCCCGAAAUGUGAAUAUCUAAUGCAUCUAAAAAAAUGUCAUACAUAUUCCCUUUAAAAUAAUUUUUACAUAAAAGACAUACAUAAUUAAAUGAAUAGAAUAAUCACCCUUCCAGAGAUAAUCUAAGAAAAAAGGUAAUUUGCAAUUAUUUUAUUUCCACUAGUUGUUAAGCUACAAAAAAAAUCAUUAUUUGUGUAGCUGCACUAUUUGUUGGUACCAAAAAAAAAAUACACUGGAAAUUCGAUGCCCUUAAAGAUUCAUGCCUUAAAUAAGUACAAAAUGCUCUUUACAUGUUAGUCUUAAAGAUGUUACAUUAGUUAUUUAGUGAUGUAGAAAUAAUAUGGAGACCAAAAUUUUAGAUUCGUAAAUGAAUGAUUUAUCCUAUCAGGUCAUCCCCGGCAGUCAUGCUCCAAAAUAGAAAGUUUCACGGCAAUUAUGAAUUACCCUCAAAAACAAAUUAAUACACUUUUUUGAUAUUACUUAUAUUCAUCGAAAUUCGGGGUUUGCUGUAUCACUCACUGGUUUUGCAUUCGAUUUGUAAGUAAUAGAUGCUACAAACUAAAUUCAUAAAAUUUGUAUCCCUCAAUCAUUUUUCAUAUAUUAUUAAAUUAUAUUCAUGCAAACGUUAAUAAUUAAUAUUGUAAAUAAAAAAAACAAAUAUAACAAUAAACAUAUGCUCAUCAUGAAAUGUUAAAGUUUAUUUAUUUAAUUAAUUAAUAGCGUAUAAUCAUGUAAUGACUGUCUGUUUGUUUUAGAUAAAAUUAAUUAUUUCUAUAUUAUGUAUUAAUUAAGAGUUGUAUAUAAUAAUCGAAUCUAACUUUACAAAUUGUUAUAUACAGGGUUUUUAUGUCGAAGUAUCGUAUUAAAUAGAAACUGAACUCAAUAUAUUCGUUUGCAGAGGCAAGUAUAAAUUCAGCCAUUAUUAUUGUAUAUUUAUUAUCUUUUAAAUAAAUCAAGAUGCAAGGUAGCUUAAUAACCUAAAAGUACAUAUUAUUAUCCACAACACGCUUCGUCAGAUUAUAAUUUUUUUUAAUUCGCCAUUUUUAUUAAUUAACUCCUGUGGUGUACAUUGAAGCAGUUCCCUCGACACCAUGACUGAAUAGACAAACCCGACGAACAUAUUUUUUCACAUGCUACCAGCGAUAUUACCCGUUCCUUCGUUUUUUACUGGUGGUAGGACCUCUUGUGAGUCCGCACGGGUAGGUACCACCGCCCUGCCUAUUUCUGCCGUGAAGCAGUAAUGCGUUUCGGUUGGUAGGGUGGGGCAGUCGUUGUAACUAUACUUGAGACCUUAGAACUUAUAUCUCAAGGUGGGUGGCGGCAUUUACGUUGUAGAUGUCUAUGGGCUCCAGUAUCCACUUUACAACAGGUGGGCUGUGAUCUCGUCCACCCAUCUAAGCAAUAAAAAAUAAAAAAAGACGAUUCAUUACCGUUACAGCCAGUAACAAAAACUGAUUUUGAGAUUUGAUAACUUACCAUGAAUUAAAAACCAAACCUGUGUUUAUUUCUUUGCAUAAUUGCUGGUUAUAGGAGAAUUGUAAGUUCGUACUGGAAGUCACCACCAUCCUUACUCCAUUUGACUGGGUUUUCCAUUAUAUAGACAAAUGCAAUUUUAACCCCAUGUCACAUGUCAGGUGAUGAUAAUUACGUUGUGAUCAAAAAAGCAAUAAUUAGGAUAUUUUAAUUGAAUUUCUAUGUAAUAACUGUUUUGCCAACAGUACUUAAGUAUUUGUUUCUUAGUGAAUGUUACUUUCUUCGGAAGCGUGAAGAUUGCCAUUAGCACUAAAUUCUAGAUUUGACAAUCGCCAAAGCUUAUAAGUAUUAUAGAACAAGUAGCUUAAUAUAAAAAAAUCAUAUAUUUUGGAUAACUUAAAAAUUAAUGUUGAUGGUAGUUUAAAUAUGGGUCUGCGGAGGGACUUCGGUUCCCUCUGUAUUUUGUACCGAAUGUUCCAUGGGGAGUGCUCUGAGGAAUUGUUCGAGAUGAUGUUUCCCGAGCGCUAUGACAUGUCCUUCUUUAAAAGAGGCUUGUGGAGAGUAUUAAGCGGUAGGCAGCGGCUUGGCUCUGCCCCUGGCAUUGCUGAAGUCCAUGGGCGACGGUAACCACUCACCAUCAGGUGGGCCGUAUGCUCGUCUGCCUACAAGGGCAAUAAAAAAAAAAUUGUCUGGUUAUAUUAUCUUAGCUGUCUGAUAUUAUUAACAGUUUGGAUUUGGAUGAAAUUGAAACUUUAAACUCUCAUGUCUCCAAUUAGGCAUCAAUAUUGACAUCCUCAUUUUUAUAAUGAGACACCGGUGUGGACGAGUCCAGACAUCAUAAAUUACACACUAGAAUAAGAGCCAUCUUAUUUGUUCUAUAUGAAAAAGAUUCCCUAAUUUUUAUCCGUGAAAGUUAAUCAAAGGAGUCAUAAUUAGCUUGGAACUGCUUAUAUGGUACUGGAUUUGUUGUAUUAAAUCAAUGUUCUAUCUAAUAGUACUUAUUCAAUAAUCUAGUAAUGUUAAAAAUGUUUUUUUUUUAAUCAUCCGAACCUGUUGUCGUAUUUAUAAUAAUUUUAUAAAUUAAAAUAAUGUAACUUU